CGCCGGGAGAGUGGAGCCGACAGCCGAGUGCUGCGCACCCUGCUGCGCCUGGGUGCCCGCAGUGCCCGUCGCAGUACAGCCUUCCACUUUUCUAGUUCACGGUGCUGCUGUGAGCAUUCCAGUGUGGAUCGUUUGGAAAACAUCCGCCUGCGUUUCUCUUCGGUGUGUCCAUCGAAACCGCCCAGAGGUUUUCCAAAGUGGCCCAGCGUUUAAGAACCCUGGUUGCUCCACGCACUAACCAGCACCAGGCCUUGUCUAGACUCAUUCUCCACGUGCAUAAUUUGAAGCUCAGCAAAGUUGUCCUGUGCUAAGUGUGUGCUAGUUCAUGGCUGUGUGUGCCAGGCCUCAAUGAGGAGCCCAAACAUGGAGACCUUCAAGCAGCAGAAGGUGGAGGACUUUUACGACAUUGGAGAGGAACUGGGGAGCGGCCAGUUUGCCAUUGUGAAGAAGUGCCGGGAGAAGAGCACUGGGCUGGAGUAUGCAGCCAAGUUCAUCAAGAAGCGGCAGAGUCGGGCCAGCCGGCGGGGUGUGUGCCGGGAGGAGAUCGAGCGGGAGGUGAGCAUCCUGCGGCAGGUGCUGCAUCCCAACAUCAUCACGCUGCACGACGUCUUCGAGAACCGCACCGACGUGGUGCUCAUCCUGGAGCUAGUCUCCGGAGGAGAGCUAUUUGACUUUCUGGCCCAGAAGGAGUCGCUGAGUGAGGAAGAGGCCACCAGCUUCAUUAAGCAGAUCCUGGACGGGGUGAACUACCUUCAUGCCAAGAAAAUUGCUCACUUUGAUCUCAAGCCAGAAAACAUUAUGUUGUUAGACAAGGAUAUUCCCAUUCCACACAUCAAGCUGAUUGACUUUGGCCUGGCUCAUGAAAUAGAAGAUGGAGUUGAAUUUAAGAACAUUUUUGGCACACCAGAAUUUGUUGCUCCAGAAAUCGUGAACUAUGAGCCCCUGGGCCUGGAGGCUGACAUGUGGAGCAUAGGCGUCAUCACCUACAUCCUCCUAAGUGGAGCAUCCCCCUUUCUGGGAGACACGAAGCAGGAAACGCUGGCAAAUAUCACGGCAGUGAGUUAUGACUUUGACGAGGAAUUCUUCAGCCAGACCAGCGAGCUGGCCAAGGACUUCAUUCAGAAGCUUCUGGUGAAAGAGACCCGGAAACGGCUCACAAUCCAAGAGGCUCUCAGACACCCCUGGAUCACGUCCAAAGGAGAAGACAGAGCCCCAGAACAGCGGAAGACAGAGCCCACUGAGCUGAAGACCAAGCACCUGAGAGAGUACACCCUCAAAUGCCACUCAAGCAUGCCUCCCAACAACACCUACGUCAACUUUGAGCGUUUUGCUCACGUGGUAGAGGAUGUGGCUUGGGUAGACCAGGGAUGCCAUGCCCUGGCAGGAGCCCAUGGCACCAUCCAGGAUGAUGUGGAGACCCUGGUCUCCAUCUUCAGUGAGAAGGAAGCUUGGUACCGAGAGGAGAGCGAGAGUGCCCGGCACGACCUGUCCCAGCUCAGGUACGAGUUCCGCAAAAUGGAGUCCUUGAAGAAGCUCCUGCGAGAAGACAUCCAGACCACAGCAUCCGGCCUCGGGAGCGUGGCCAGGAAGUUGGACCACCUGCAGGUGCAGUUUGAAGCUCUGAGACAGGAGCUCUCAGCAGACCUACAAUGGAUCCAGGAACUAGUGGGCAGCUGCCAGCUGGAGAGCGGCAGCACAGACGGCCUGGGUUCUGUGUUCUGCUGGGACGCCAGUGAGUCCCUAGCGGAGCUGCGCGGCAGGUCAGGCAGUGAAGAAGUCUUGGCCGGCUUGAAGCUCUGAGCACAGGAAUCUCAUCAGCAAUGCCCCCUGGAUGGCUUGCAGAAGUGUGUUUCCAAUCCCCCUGCUGGGCAUCAGCUAGAAUUAUCCUGCAGGGAUAUGUGUCUGUAGCAUGCAUUGCCUUCCACCCCCUUCACAGAAUCCAGAAUCACAGACGUGCUAGCAAGUUAUUCAUUCUGCACCGCCUCUCACCCACCUGCUUUUCUGGGAGGAGGGCUGUCAGGGCAGCCAAGAUGAUAAAACAAUUGAGAAUAAAUACCCUUCAAUGUAUCUUUCUCCAGAAGGAGGACAGCUGGCCCUGGGGAGGUGCUUGAUGACUGAUUUGUGAUCAUGGAUUUGUGCACACUUCACUUCCCACCUAUAUGCCUUAGAGACUGCAGAUCUUGGCUAAUAUUGAGUUAACCACGGGUAACAGUUCAUCAGCUUCGUGCUUUCCUGCUUCAGAAGGAGGAAGUUAAAAUGCACAGAGAAAACACUAUUUUUCAUUUGCACCGACAUCACUUACCAGGCACUUAUAUCUUUGAUCCUUAAAAGAACUUUGUGAGACAGGAAGGUGGGUGGCAUUAUUGUUGCUGUUACUAUUAUUUUCAUGUAACUGAUGAGGAAAUUGACUCAGAGGGGGAAAAUGAUCUACUCAGGGUCAUUCAUAGCUAGUUGAUUUACACAAAACAAGCUCAGGAUACCUGACUCUAAGAUGAGGGAUAUGGGAAGAAAGUGUAGGCUUUGCUGUAAAUAUUCACCUUAAUAUUGAAGUUCAAAUCCCAGAGGUAAAAUAAGCACCUUAACGUGUUCUAGAGUAAAGGUGGAAUGCCUCAUCCCUUCUGCUGAUUGUGUUAAGAAGUGCGGUCCAGAGGGUGUGGCCUGGGGGCUUGGCCUGGGACCUCUGGCCUCUGGUUCCUUAUCCGGCCUGUGUCUGAACAUCUGCCCGCAGAGCAGGAGGAAAGGGGCAGCAUCUCAGCCUUCUCCAACUUUCCCUGCUCCGGCCUCAACCUUGUGCUGGGAGUGAAUACUAAAGGGGAUCUGAUAAGAUAAGGGGUCUUACGUGCUUAGGUCACUGGGCCCUGAAAGGUCUGAGGAACUCCGUGAGAGUGUUGGAAGAGGGUGGACAUUGAGACUGGGAAGCACAAGGUUCAGCGGUCCCUUCUUGACUCCAAGCUCUGAGCACACCGCCCGAGGACCGCAGGGUCUUAUCACCCUUUUCCUGGAGGAGGGCCCAGUCAGUGGGCGCGCAGAGAAAGAGCCUGGAGCUCGGGCCCAGCCCUGUGCUAGAGGCUCGGGGGUGGGGAAGCAGAUGUAUCAUUUCAAAGUGUCUUCACAGACUCACAAAACACCCUUGUUGGAGAGGUAGGGUAAAUUUAUUCCCAAUUGGAAGGUGAGGAAACAGAGAGGAUGCGAUUUGCCCGGUGUCACAAUAGUGGUAAAAGUGGAGGUCUCCUCAGGAGUCUGUUGCUCUUUCUGCUUCUCCUGACUGCCCCAGGCUCCCGGAGUUCACUGUCUUCUUCUGAGGCAGGUUUUACUCAGACUCACCCACCCAUCCAUUCACAAAUAAUUUCUGAGCACCUACCAACUGUCAGGCACUCAGCUUGGCACUGGGGAUACAGAGUUAAGAGAAAACAGGCACGUUUUGUGCCUGAACAAAGUUUGCAGUCCAGUGAAGGAUUCCAACAUUAAUAAGAGCAUUCUAGAGAUGGAGAACUGUGGCUGGGACAUAUGCUGUGAAAGAGAUGCAUGCGGCCCUGCAAGAACCUGCAGUGGGGUCCGCUCUAGUCAGGGAAGGCAUCCGUGAGGUGGUGACGCUGGAGCUGAGAGCAGCGAGGCAAACUGGAGAGAAAGAAUUGUUCGCUACGGAGCAGUCAUGCCAGGGCUCUGGGGUGGGAGGGGAAUGGGAGGCCGAAAUGACGCAGAUAGAAAGCAAGCUGGAGGGGAGAGAAUAAGAGUAUUGUGUACAUGUGGCUGCGGAGGACGCAGGACCAGCAAGGACCAUAUUAAGAGCUCUGCCUUCGUCCCAAGAGUCAAGGGGAGCCAUGAUGGGUGCCUGGCUAGUCAUGGCCCAAUGUAAGAUGGGGGGAGGGGGGUGGAAAUGCCCAAUGAGCAUGGGAAGUGGUUUAGGAUAAAGCCAAGUGAUUCUGAUCCCAUGAAACCAUUUCUUCAAAAUCUUACCUCCUUUUCUAUUUGCAUGUUGGAUUAUUUCAAAUGGGAUAUAUAAUAUUUGUAACAGAAACUUUUUCAUCAAAUAUAAGAAACCAUAUUUUCACUUAAUACACAUCAUUAUUUUAUGCACCAAACAUAAGAAACAUAAAAAGCCCACGAUGGAAAUUCCAAUAGGAAACCCUCCCAGGCAAAGCCGGAUCCCCUCAAAGGCAGGGUAAGCCACAAAGCCACCGAGAGACAGGGAAAGCCAGGGAACACGUGCGUGCUCCCACCUGGACACCAGGUGGCGAGAUGCAAAUUCCUCCCCUGAGAAUGGGGGCUCCAGGUCCGUGGUCCUCCUGCUUUCUGAGUUUGCACAAUCAGUGUGACCCAAAAGAACCUCAACAUUGUGCAGACUCAGACUGUGACCCAAAGGAACGGCAGUGUGAGGCUGGGUGGCCCCGAAGGGCUGGCAGCAGCAGCGUGAGCACCGCCUCCACCUCAGACCGACAAUUAUGAAAUGAUGCCAUUGAUUGGGAGAAAAGCUCAGAAAGGUGCACCUUGGAAUCAGUGGAAGAUGCAAGCUGUUCCUAAGCCCUGCCUGAGAGAAUUGGGACGAAUGUCCCAACUGCAGUCUCUCCAAGAACUAACCUGGCCUGUCACAGGACGUGAUGUACUCAUUUGGCCCAGGGCACUGUAAAUAGUAAAGGUCCUCUGGCCAUGUCAACAGACCUUGACCUCACACAGCCAAGCUUCCUAAGGAAAGGAAGUGCCCGAUUGAGCAACUCAGGAGAAACUUCCCUGUGAACAUCAAAAUAAAACGCAGUACAGGAGUAAGAUGUCGAUGAGGACUUGAAUUAGGGAGGCUGGGAAGAGGGAGGGGAAGUGGUUAUGUUAGACUCGCGGCAGCAACCACACAUGCUCCAUGCUGGGAGGUCCUCAGAGGCCAGCCCCCGGCCGCCUGUGUUUUAUAGCAUUUUAUAGGACAGGGCUUGUCUGAAGUCACCCAGCAAGUCGGACCCAGAGGAGGUUUCCCUCACCAUGGGGGAAGUGUCCUCCGUACAUUCCAGUCCGGUCAUUGGUAAGGAUUUGUCAUUUAGACAUUUCAUAAACAGAUCCUUUUCAGUACUAAGAACUUCCAGAGACAAGUCAAGGUGAACUGAGGAAUGCCCCCAAGUCUUUCAAGGAAAUCGGAGAAGACUGUGAUCUCCCUCUGUCACCUGUCCAGUCCAACCCACAUGGCCCUUCGGCAACAGAACCCACGCUGAGGGGAACCCAAGGGGGCCCGGCCAGGGGGCCUGCUGGACUUCUCCCCACACUCCCGCAGCUGGACCUUUAACAGCAGGGCCGAGGGCAGGGUCCUGAGUAUUGGAGUGUCCCCGGCCCUGGUUCGUAGAGAGAGGGGGCCUGGGGGCACCGCUCUGUGGGCAGACCCACCUGCUGCUGGAUUUUUCAUUCAUCAGGCUGUUCAUGAAAGGGCGGCCACCGUGCUCUGUGCAAUGCCACCCCGCACUGUUGGGGAGGGGAGGCUGAGUGAGUGUCAUCUUCCUGAAUAACGGGUCCCCGGGGAAGCUGGGGAGUCAGUUCCUGGGGAGGGUGGCUGCUUGUCCCUGCUCUGAAGCAGAGGCACGUGCCACAUGGCUGCUCCGCUGGCACUGGGAAGGGCGGUUACCAGGGAUUCCACAGAUGCAAGUGGUGAGCAGCGAAGGGGGGGGUGGACUACUAAUGAUAGGAAAAGCCAGGGUCAGUCUGGGUCUCCCACGCACCCCUCCCCAUACUCCUUCCCGCACCGCCCAGCCUCCCCGACGGGCCAUUACGAACAUGGUGGCUGCCCACCUCGCCCAUCACUGGGUGCAGUUGGAUCAUGAGGGAGGCGGCGUCGUACCCCCACACCAUCCCCGCUGCAAAUGCCUGUGGGAGUGAAGGGCCUUUUCUCCUCUGUCUGUGAAACUCUUGGCCUGUGGAGAAGCCUGCCCUGCAGGAGAGCGCCAGCAGUGGGCACCCCGGGGGAGCCGAAGGGGCCAGUUCAGCUGUACAAACACUGACUGGGCUCUGGAGAAGGGCGACAGACAAGGAUAAGACAGCUCCUGAAUAAAAGGCUGUGUCUGGGCCCAGCGGGGACCUAGCCCACCGAGAGCUGGGGGAGGCCGUGGUGAGUGGUAAAACAGGUACCUGCUAUUCCAGAAAACAGGAGAGAGAGGAAUUCUGAGUGAGAGAAGUUCAGAGGGGAGGCCCGGGGCAGAAACAUUCUCAACACCAGCUCCCCACACCGCCCCCCCAAACUGUAGCAGGCAGAGAAGCUGCCAGGUGGAGCUGGGAGGGAUGGGGGUAAACCCAGACUAGGGCCAGGAACCUGGAUUGCGACGUAGAGAUCGAAGAGACGGACACCACAGAGACUAGAAGGGGAGAGUUUGGGUUUUAACUUUUUGUUAUGGGACAUUUUCAAACCUUGCACCAAAGUGUUGAGAAUGGUGCGGAGAAUUCCCUGUGACCGUUACCACCUUCAGGAGCGAGCAAGCUGUGGCCAGUCAGCUCUCACGCAUCUUCACCACUGCUUUUUCUGGAGUAUGUUAAAGCAAAUUCAAACUUAUUUAACCCCUAAAUUCUUCAGCUAGAGUCUCUGUCGAGGGUUUUCCUUUCAACAUUACCACUGUGCCACUAUCACACCGGACAAAAUCAGGAAUAAUUCUUUAAUAUCCCCUGGAUACGCAUUCCGUACUCACUUGUCCCGCCUUCCUCAAGGAUGUUCUGUUACGGUUGGUUUGUUCAAAUCCGGGUCCGAACAGAGUCCCCUCAUGGCCUUUGGUGGUUGUGUCUCUCAAGUCUCCUGUCUUCUGUAACAGUACGGGAGGGGCAGCUUUUGAAGCUUUUCUUGGGGAUGAGAAAUGGCUCAGAAGCAUGACUGCCCUGGAGGGCGGACUAAAAGUGAGAGUGUAUCCAUGCUGAGACCUAACUCGGAAGAGUGAGACCAGGUCAAGCAAGGAAAAGGGCAUUCCUGCCUCCUUCUGUUGACUUGUUUGAGGGAGGGACAACCUGCAGGGACACGCCCUUUGCGCGGCUCCCCCUCCCACUUAUAGGGAGGCAGAGGCUCGGGUAUCUGGAAGCAUCCCGAGCUCCUUUCAGGAAGUGAGGUGAAACCAGCAGGGUCCAGGCUUUAGCCAGCAAAACAGCCAAUAAAAGGGAGAAAUGGAGGAGCCACCUACAGGGAGACUCCAUUAAAGGAGCCUGGGGAGGGGAGGGGAGGGGCUAGAGUGACAGACCCGGGUAGGAGAGAUGUGGGCGCCCAGGUGUCCCUGGCUUUCCGUAGAGGAUGGGGCUGGGAAAAUGGCACAGAUGGAGGUUUGAAAAGUUGCAAUCUGUUUGCAGUUCCUAGAGGAGGCCUGGUAUUUAGAGAAAAUCUUUUAGAGUGCCUCUUCCGAAAACCCAGGUGGCUGCUGCUCCAUCUCCCUGCUGGGUGAAUGUGGCUGCUGACCUAGCACAUCCCGCUGGGCCUUUUCAAAGGCAUUUGCAUCUGCAAAACAAAACCUGACUUCAGCCACAGGAUUCUGUCUUCUUGCCUCCCUGACGUUUUUCUGAGACACCAAACAUGCUCCCCUAGGCUCCUGAGCCUGGCCAGAACUGCCCAGACACUGGCAUCCUGAAGGACCACAGGCCCGAGGAAGGUGGGCAGUGUCUGUUUGCAGAGAGGAGGGGGUGGGAGUCAGGAGAAGGCAGAGCACAGCUCCGUUCCCCCUCAUACUCCCCAUUGAAUCAAAAGUGUUAGUGCCACAUUUCUUCUGAGACAGAUUUCACUGCAGAAUUUGAAUCUCUCUGAUUUUCAAGGCUCAGAUGAGAGUGUCAGCAGUUGGUAAGCCCUCUUAGCAACCAAGGAGGCCCAUCAAUUAGGAAAGGCCAGGCCGAUAGAUUUAUGGCCUGGGUGGCCUUCUCCUCAAGGCCCAUGCUGUUUUGUGUAGCAUAUAGGCAGGACCCAAGAAGUAAUGGUAUCACCUCCUGUGAACAACUUCUGGGAGUGGUCCCACCUGUUACGUAUUUUAGUCGGGCCUCUCUGCUCAGUCCCUGGCACUCCUGUGACCGGCUGGCAGAUGGGAUUCUCAUUAACGGGACUCCCCUAGCCUGUAUGUUGACCUUCCAGCCGUGGGGUUUAGGCAUCUCUCUCCUGGUAAGGGCUCCCAUUGGUAAGUGGAUAAAGAGCGGUGUCUUUCCUCCCAGAGUCUACUGAUCCUGCCUCAUCAAACUCUCUAAGUGCAGGGUCCACUGCAAGGGUUAGGCUCAAAGGUGAGUUGCAGACAUUAGUGAAGUUAGAGGUAAAAAUGUUCAGUGGGUUGGGGAGGUAGGACAUUACCUUGGAAAGGAGACAAUAGUUGCUGGGAGGUGCACAGGAGGGGAACUAUCAAGUGUAAAUAAAUAAGUGCAGAAUAAAGUGACCUGCUCUGAAGAAACGGAUCACAGGCACAGUGAGUCGUAUGAAGAAGUCGAGGUGGUAUUUUAUAUAGGAUGGUCAAGGAAGGCCUCCCUGAGGAGGUGACAUUCAAGCAAGGAUCUGACCGAAGUGACAAAGUGAAUAUAUGAAGGAGCCAGGGCAAAACCUUGAGACUUUGGGAUCCUGGACCAGCAAGCAGACUUGUGAUGGGAGCCACAGUGGUAGCAAGGAGAGAGGGAGGACAUCAGAUUGGAGAAGGAACCAUAUGGUUCAGCCCCUGGGGGUCUUGGUGAGCCUGUUGAGUUUCAUUAAGAGUGCCCGGAAGCUGCUGGAAAGGCUUUGACACCAGGACCAGGCAGGCUGGCCCUCUUUUGCAGCUCCCUUCCCCGUGAGAGCUAGCCCCAGGGCUGGGCUUGCAGGUGAGGCGGGAGGUGCGAGGCCGUUAAGGAAGGAGGUGGGAGAGCUUCGCCAGGUGGUCCGUCCCUCAGUGCCCUUUUCUGGUGCCUCUCCAUCUUCCUCCUUCCCCUCCCUUCUCUCCUGCUGCACUCUUUGGUCCAAACCACAGUGUCCCAGUUUGGGGGCGUGCCCCGCCCUGGCUUUCUUGCCUUCCCCUCACAGGCAAGGCUGUGUGUACUCUCCUCUCUGCCCCACCCCGGGACCCUGCCGACUCCCAGGCAGAGCUGUGGGCAGUCUCCGGGCUUGGACACCUUGUUCGAUGUUAUGGCUGCUGAUCCAGGUGCCUGGCCUCUCACUGGCAGGAGUGAGCAGGCCCUGGGUCCUAGGAUUUUAUUCCAGUUUGUCUCUUCAGCUGCUCAGAGAAACAAUUUCACCACGCAACUAUUAAGCACCCACCAUUGUAUGCUCUGAGUGGGGAGGAGGUAGGACCAGGGACACUGACAAAAACAUGAAGAAAAUUCUGUGCCCUCAAGCUGUUUCCCACUAGUGGGAUGACCCCCCUGCAGAGCUGACUGGGACAGGUGACAUAUGUGACAAGGGAGCUCACAGGUAUUUGGUCAUGUUGGGGAGAGGGACGUUGUUUAUAGGAUGUUGUCUUAAAGGAGGUCCCAUUUAAAUUGGGCUCUGAAACACACAGAGGCCUUCCAAGGGGAGGGGAUUGGGUGGUCAUGGGGAGGGCCUCCUGCCAGAAGAUUUUAAGUCCAGGGCAGCGUGAGCCAGUAGCAUGCGCGGGCCUCCCCUGGUGUGAGUGCCCCGCUGAAAAAUAAACAAGCCUGGCUCAGAGAAGAGAUCAGCACUCAGGGAUCAGUGAGCUCCCUCACUCCACACUCACCGAGGUGCCAGAUGAGGCGUUGCUGCCGGGAGAAAAACAGAGCUGGAGGGGAACUCAUGGAUCAUGCCGGGCAGUUCAUUUUCUUGAGGUCACGGAGUCCUUUGAGAAUCCAUGAAAGCCAUUGACUCUGCAGAAGCAGUGUAUAUGAACACUGGCCGGGUUUAUCUGUACAUAAACACUAAUUUUUUUAAUUGAGAUAUAAUUCACAUUUCAUAAAUUUAGUACUCAAAUGUGUACAGUUCAGUGAUUUUUAGCAUAUUCUCGAGACUGUGUAGCAAUCACCACUAUAUAAUUCCAGGACAUUUUGUUACCGGUGACAGAAACUCAAGGUCCUUUAGUCAUCAUUCCUCAUUUUCCCUCUGUCCACCCCCUGGCAACUGGUCUACUAUCCGCCUCUUUGGAUUUGCCUAUUCAGGACGUAGUGUGCAAAUAGAACCACACAGUGUGUGGCCUUUUAUGUCCGCCUUCUUUCCCUUGCCAUGCUGUCAAGGUUCAUUCAUGGCGUAGCAGGGGUGGUACCUCCUUCCUUUUCAUGAGUAGUAUUCCAUUGUGUGGAGAGGCCAUAUUCUGUCUCUCCACCAUCAUUUCAUGCACAUUUCAGUUGUUCCCGCUCUUUGACUGUUGUAAAUCAUGCUGCUGUGAGCAUUCAUGGGCACAUUUACACACCAACAUCCACAAACCGCUUCAGAAGGUUCAUAGAACCCAUGAAACCCAUCUCUUGAUCUCUUGAUCUUUGAAAACCUGGUUUUAUUUGUAAAAUGGGAGGAAUUCAAGAGGGAAUGGACUCAUCAAGUGGUAUACAUUAUAUAUGUUUAGGUUUUUGGUAGAAAGAACACUUUUUUAAAUAAAAUAAAUUUUAAAAAGAGAGGAGGGAGAGGGCAGGAAGGCUAUCAGUGAUUUAUUGCUCUUUACUCAGCACCUCUAGGUUGAGCACUUCACACAUCCGCAUUCAUUUAACCCUAAACAGCCCUACGACACAGUGUUAUUUAUUGUGCCCAUGUUACAGGUGAGAACACCGAGGCUCGGAGAAGCCACCCGGGCUUCCUGGAGAAGUCAGGAUUUAGGCUGAGCCUUGACUGUCAGGCGGUGAAAGGCACCUACACAUUCUGUUUCCUCUUGACCUCCAUCAAAGCCCCUAUUUCCUUCCAUUCAUUUUUGGAGCGCCCAUGUCCCAUAUGCCAAUAAGGCAUCCGAUUCCUGAGGACAGUCAGGCCCAGCGCACAGUGGGCCUCUUAGGCUCUGUACAAUGACCCUUCCCCAAAGGGAUGGUGACUGAAAGCCCUGCCUCCCUCUCUUCCCCUCCCUGGGCUCA